AGUUAACUGUAGUUUCAUCAGUUACAGUUGCAAAUCAUUAAACAAGCUUAUAUAUUUUUUAAAACGCGCACAAGAUGAGCGAUAAGGGGUGCCAGGCAGCGCCCUCUUAUGUGUGCAACAUGCAGCUGCAUGUGCAUCCAGAGGAGCAGCCCAGAAUACGCGCCAUCUGUGGCCCACCCUACGAUAUGCGCAGCUCGGAGUCUGAAAAGUCCGAGGAGUGCUGCGUGGAGCUGGAAAAUGUUACUGUUAAGUUUCACUUGGCGGAGAAUGAGAUUUUGGCUCAACUCUAUCCCAACUGCAUGACCAUGGCCGAGGUUAAGCAGGAUAUUGCGCGUAAAUUUGAAGUAGAUCCCGAGCACUUGCUGCUGAUGCAGGCAGAUCGUAUAUUAUGCGAUUCCACGCCCAUUAACUCUACAGACUUUGACGAGUUUGGCAUACACGAGUUUCAGUUGAAAAUGAAGCCACCCGCGGGCGCAGCUCAACAGCCCAAAUUAGAUCUCAAUGUAUACUACGAUAAACAUCGCCUGCCUGAUUUUAUAACGGUGCACAUAAGUGGCGAGGAUACUGUGGAUGGUCAGUCCAAGAAUGUGGUCGUGGAAAUUGAGAAUGCAACCAUUGUCAAGCCGUUCCUGUGUGGCUACAAGGAUAAGCUAACCGGCAGGGAAUACUUGGAUGCAUUUACGCAAACUGGACCGUACUUUGACAAGUGGAAAUAUCGCAAGUAUCGCACUAGAGACACACAAACCUGGGAGCCCAAGGAGAAGAUUUUGAAUACGGCGCAUGAGCAAUCCGUGCAGUGCGUGCUCGAUGGCAUCAACGUUAGAUAUGUGUCCACAGCCACCGAUUUUGUCAUCAUACCCGGAAAGUAUCAGACAUUUGCGCAAAAAGAACGCUUGGAGCGCAAGCUGGAGAAGAUUCGUUUGAUACAGCGCAACUGGCGACGCUGGAUUCUAUGGAAGUACAUACACCUGCGUGCCUCGCAGUUCAGGCGUCUGGUAAAGAAUCGGGAGGAUGAGGAGCAACAGUACGAGAAAUGCGUGGAGCGGCGUGUGGAACGCAAGGAGGUUAUUAAACAGUUUCCUCGCACCAAUGAUGACUUUGAUCUGCUCUUUGCCGAAAUCGGGCGCUGGAAACGCGCUGAGCUCAAGCGCAUUGCAGCCAACUAUGAAGGACCGGCUCGCAUCUCUGAGGUCAACAUACUGCUGGACAAGGAGAUACGACUGCUAAAUGGCGUGGAGCGUCAGCGUCGCUUGGUCUAUCUGGCCAUGGAGGAUUUUCGCAAUGAGCAGCUGCUGAAGCAAAUGGGCAAGCCUAUUGAAUGGAUUGGCUACAAUGACACCAAGAUCCACAUGGACUUGAUGCGCACGCAACGUGUGCGUUUCCUUACCGAAGUCUACAAGGACUUGCAGCAGCCGCUGGAGAAGGAGCAGCGGCUGGAUUUGAUACGUCGCGUGCUGGAGCUGCUGAUGGAGGAAGCUUGUUAUCCAGACUUUGUUGAGCUAUUUGAGCUUUUUGAUCGCGAGAAGAAUCUGCUUAUCUACACCAAGUCCUGCGAUGUGGAAAUACUGCGCAAGCGGCAAAAGAUGUUAUUCUUCGAGCUUAUCAAAUUUCAAAAGAUAGAUCAGAAGACAAAUGUUCCCUCGCGCAUGUGCAUUGUGUGCAAGAAGGUCAAGCCGUAUGCUCAGUUUGCCAUUCGCACACGCCAGAGUCAUGUGGACACUUGUAAUCAUUGCUACUAUCUCAAGUUGCUGGCGACGGAGAACACAGUUUACCAGUCGAUCUUGCGUUGCAUUCAACGCGAUGAGCGUAAACGCAAGUGCGCCACAUCUUUUGCUUUUGUUAUACAACCAGAUGAUGUGCGUUUGAUAAUGGAUAAGAUCUGGCAUGGUCACUCUGCGCUCAGCAAGACCGAAGAUCUUAGCGUGUUACGCUUGCCCCGCUGGAAGAAAAGCGAUGAUUGGGCUCCUUGGAACUGUGUGUGCCUGACGGAGCGUGAGACACGUGAUCACUACAAGAUCGAUGAUCUGGAGAAGGUGUAUGAUCCUAAAUUUAUUGUGCACAUUGGCAAUUGUCAUAUGCUCGCACGUAAUGUAUUCCACACUCUGGCCGCUGUGGCUACAGAGUUCCAGGAGACUGGCCAAUGGUGGAAGGUGGGCAUGAACAAGCAGCGCACCAGUGAUCUUAAUGCACCCGUAAUUAAUUAAUUCAUUCAAUUCAUAAUUGAUUACAUUAAAUAAAUUAAAAGUUACAUGCAAC